AUGGAGUCAGGCUUGGGCCCAGACUCACGUCUGGUUUCGCAGGUGUUCCAACAUUGCUGCAGCAGCGAGCUGCUGGCCUCCGACCUGGACUACUUAAUGUUCUCAUUCGGUGGGGCCGGGGGAAGCCGCGAGGCGCUGCCGCCGUCGGGCCAGCCGGACGACGAGGAGUGGUCGGAGGAGGUGAAGAAGCAGCAGGAGCAGCAGCUGCGCCGCGAGCUCCUGGACCAGUACCACCUGCUGCUGAUGGAGCGGAACCGCUACCGGCGCUACAACGCCUACCUGCAGCACCGGAUCUGCGAGUCCCUGCGCAAGAAGAAGGGGCUGGAGGCGGCAGAGACGCCCGAGCGCGCGGCCCAGCCCGAGGCCCCCGAGAAGGAGCAGGCCUACCUGCACUACCUGGCCAUCCUGGAGGAGCUGAGGAAGCAGGAGGUGGACGACCUGGAGUGGUACCACCAGGAGCUGGGCCAGCUGAAGCAGCAGUGCCAGGAGAAGCAGGUCCGGGUGGAGAAGGAGUGGCGCCGCUUCCAGGCCCUCAAGAAGCAGGUGGUGAUGCAGGUGAUGGGCAGCUGCCGCCUGCGCGGCGGGCGCCAGGCCGCCCUGCGGGAGGUGGAGCAGACCCAGGCGCUGGAGGACAAGAAGGAGAAGGAGAUGAGCGCCGUGCGGCUGGAGAACGUGCAGCUGAAGCAGAGUCUGGUGCACUUCCAGACCAGGAUGAGGGCUCAGGAGGACCUGUCCGAGGGCCUGCUGCUCAUCGACUUCGAGCAGCUCAAGAUCGAGAACCAGACCUUCAACGAGAAGGUGGAGGAGCGCAACGAGGAGCUCUCCAAGCUGCGCAACAAGGUGACCAACAACGUGCAGACCAUCACCCACGUGAAGGAGAAGCUGCACUACGUGGACAUGGAGAAUGCCUGCAAAAAGACGCAGCUGUUGGAGAUCGAGUCUCAGGUGUCCCUCGGGAGGGACAUCCUGACCAGGACCAAGCAGGCCCGUGACAGCCUGCGGAUGGACAACAUCAAGCUCUAUCAGAAGAGCGGGCUUCUGGGUAAGGAGUCGCUCCUCCGGGAUUUGGAGGUAAAGGUGGACAAGACCGCGGUGCUGAGCCAGCGCCUGGAGUCCCUGAAGCGCCACCACACGGGGCUCAUGCUGUCCUGCAAAGGUGUGAAGCAGAAGAUCCGGGAGGCCAAGGCCUUCCUCCCCUCCUAACCCCGGGGCAGGAGGGCGGGCAGGGCAGAGCGCAGGCCCGCUCAGCACACUGUCGGCUCCCCUCCACGCACACGCGCUCUACUUGCUGCUGCUCUCUUCAGAAGCCGAUGGUACUUGGGAUGGAAACCUAUUUUUGAAUCCCAUCGGGUUUUAGCUUCCAGAUCAGGGCUGAGCACAAAAAUUGGGCUAGCAAAAUAUGUGAUUAAGCAAAAACCGGUCUAGACAGGACCAGUGACUGACUUCUCACAGUACUCAGUCAGCUGUCAGCUGUCCUCACACUGAGCAAGUCUGUCAUUUCAAGCACCUAAUCGAAAGGAGCACUGUCCCAGUAUCUAGAAGGAGCCUUCAGUCUCACCAAUGGGCAGCAUUUAGAAAAAUUCCUCUGCAAUAAGCCAUU